UGCUAUACGUCAGUCCCACUGAGGCGAGCAGGGAGUUAACGGCAGGCAGGAUGUUGCGGCUUCGCUGUAAGACCAAAAAUGGGAGCCACAUAAUGCAGGGCUUGACUCAUCAGUCCUGUGUGCAGGAGCUGAAGAGCAAGGUGGAGGAGCUGACUGGUAUUCCCUGUGAUGUGCAGAAAAUUAUGGUCGGAUACCCACCCUCCAGUCUUGACCUUCGAAAUGGAGACGCUCACCUCAAGGACUACCCCAUCAAAUCAGGAGACACACUCAUCGUUGAGGAGGAAAAAAACAAGCCAAAGCCUCAGGCUCUUCCCGCUGUCACUAAAGGACCUAAUCUGGAAAUGUCACCUGUGCUGGCACGCCGAGUGGUCCCAGCUGACAACUCCUGCCUCUUCACCAGUGUUUAUUACGUGGUGGAAGGUGGAGUGUAUGACCCCGCCUGUGCCCCUGAGAUGCGAGGUCUCAUCGCCCAGAUAGUCUCGAGUGACCCUGCGGCUUAUUCUGAAGCAGUGCUGGGGAAAACCAAUGAGGAGUACUGCACCUGGAUAAGACGUGAUGACACCUGGGGAGGAGCCAUCGAGGUGUCCAUCCUGUCUAAGUUUUACCAGUGUGAGAUCUGCGUAGUGGACACUCAGACAGUGCGAGUAGACAGAUUUGGGGAGGAUGCAGGCUACCACAAACGCGUUUUGCUGAUCUAUGAUGGCAUCCACUAUGACCCACUGCAGAAAGAGAUCCCCGGAUCCAACACCCCGCCCCAGACUAUCUUUUCAACCACAGACGACGUAAUCCUGGCCCAGGCCCUCGAGCUGGCAGAUGAGGCUCGCCGGAAGCGGCAGUUCACAGACGUUAACCGCUUUGCAUUGCGCUGCAUGGUGUGCCAGAUGGGCUUGGUGGGACAAAAGGAGGCUCGUGAGCACGCCAAGGAGACAGGCCACACUAAUUUCGGUGAAGUGUGAAAGUCUUGUCGUCUUUUCUUUCCUCUCUCACGAAUACAACAACCACCAACCCCCCCCCCCCCCCCCCCCCCGUCUGGCAACUCUGUUGGUCUGUCUGCUUGUGUGAUCCUCUACCUCACAUUAUCUGGCAACAUCUUUGGAGACACUGCAGGUACUGUGUUCAGCCUCUUACCUGCUCAGUAUUACUUUUUAACUACUGUCAGUUCUUACAGUCAGAAAUGCUACUGCAGUGCUCCGAUGUGAUUAAACCAUAAUGUUCAGAUCUGUUUUACUGGGUCAGGAUGCAAAAAAUUCUUAGGAUUUGUUUUGAUCUGUUAAGAUUACUCAUCGACCAGGUUGCACUGACAUAAACCAAAUUGGAUGAUGUGUCGUCAAUUAGAAAAAGCAACAAAUUGGCAGAACUAGACAAGACGAAGAUGUAUGAACAAAGAAGUUUAAAACAACCACUAAGAAUUAUUUGCACUAUUAUGACUGCAUUCACUUUUGUCUUAAACACAGCACACAGAGUUUGACUGUUAUUCAUGAUGUUGGUUAUGUAGCAUGUUUUUUUGUUUUUUUUGUUAUGUUUUGUUUUGUUUUUUAUUCUUACAUUAAUUAGCUCAACUUUAAAUGUCUGAAUAGUUCAGCACAGAUGGCCUGGGUUAAUGCUGAGCUGGAUUCAUCUAUAGGGUCACUCCAUGAAAACUCAGUCAGUGCCUCCUACCUAAACGCUUCGAUUGGGGGUGUAAUAACUUUAGCGUAGUAAUGGAGUCUCACAGUACACAGAGGUGGCUCAAAAUUUGAGUUUAUAUUAUCUUUAGGCUGAGAAAGGAUGACAGCUAGAAGAUGAUCCUGUAUCAAAAUGUAGGUAAAAAUUAAACCUUUCAUAGGCCAUAACAUUUUCUGUUACUCUACAUCAUCAAUGUUAAAUGGAUGAAAUCAAUGAUGUGUCCCUAUAUAAUAAAGCUAAAAACUAUACAAAAACUAUGCUGAACAAAAAUGUGAUUUUUUUUUUUUUUUUUGGUUUUAGAUUGGGACACUUGGAGUGGGUGUAAAAGUGAUUUGAUUUCAGUUUUUAACAAAACUUAACUGUGUUUUUCAGCCCUGAAAAUUUAAUGUGUACUUAAGAAUUUGAGGGCUCGAAAAUGCUGUAAAAAUUAAGGCAUCUUACAAAGCAUCAAAUUUAGCUGGAAGAGUUCUCAUAGCAUGAAGGUAAAAUUGUCCAUGGCUUCAUUAAAUAUGCCAGUGUUAUUGUACAAAAACCCCAGCUGAUUCUGAGGGGAUCAGGUGGGAACUUUUCUCAGAUUUGAGUGAUUUUUUUUUUUUUUUGUUUGUUUGUUUGUUUGUUUUUUUUUUUUUUAAAUGAAGUGACAAAUGUGCCAUUUGUGACAUCAAUCUGAAUUUGAGCUGUGGUCAAGUGAAUUGAGAUUGUGCAUUUUAAAUACAGUAUCAUAUUGCAAAAGCUGGUUAAAAAUUUGCUUAAAUACAUAUGUGGAUUUCUUUUGUUUUUUGGAUGUUGCAACAUUCUUCAUGAGUGCGCUUGUUUUAAAUAAGACAGCCCACCCCUCAAAAAAAAUACAAAGUUCAUGGUGCUGUAAAUGAAAUAUUUUACAAAAUCUGUAGCUCAUCAUUUUUCAUAAUGUGUGCCACAGGUUUUGAGGAGUGUUACUUUUUUUAAAAUUAUUAUUCUAGUGCACAAGUUUCAAAUGCUGUAAGAACUUUAAUUUGUUUUUUGUUUAAAUUACUGUAUACUUUGAACAAAUCAAGGUAAGAGAUGCAGUGUUUUGAGAUGAUUUUUGCUCUUUAACUGCUCAUUAUGUCAUUUGCUAAUAAACAUGAAAUAUUUCCAUCUCACGUUUGUAGCUCUAAAGUCGAUGGAUGAAUUAUGAGUUAUUAUUUACUGAAUUGUGUGUGUUAUCCAAAAACUGCCCUUCUUGUAUUGGUUGUUCUGGUUUUGUUUGUUUUUUUUUUCUCCCCACCACAACAGGAGUCUGUUCUCCACCAUCUCUUUGCUAAUUUCUUUGACACACACACACACACUGGCUGUAGUGGUGAAAUAAGCACUUAUUUAUGUUAAACUUCAGGUAAAAAGUGAUCAGAGAUUGAUAACUGUGGUUAGUUCUCAUUGUGGCAAAAACAGUGUUUCGAUGGCAGAGUUGUUGCCAAAAAAAAGCUUCAUGGCAGAGCCUUGACUGGACUUGAACUUGGUUCAGAUUCAUGUGGUGGUGGGAAUCAGUGAAAGGCAAAGGAACAAUUUGCUUUUUUGUUUGUAUGAUUUUUUUUUUUCCUCAUCUCUUACUUUAGGUACAUUAAUCACUGUUUACUAUGUAAUAAUUAACUUGCAUAAAGAUGAAAUGAUGAAAUGGCUUUGUUGCAUUCUACCAUGUUCUCAUGAUUAACAAUAACAGUGAAUGUUGCACACAAAGCACUACAGAAUAAACUGGAUUUACUUGAUUUUUUUUUUCUUUUCCAGUGUUGUGUCACAAUUAAAGGUUAUAGCAAACA